UCGCCAUUAAGUCUCGAUAUCUUUCCUUUUCAAACCACGUUGGAAUCAUUGAACGCUUCUUCAUUUCUAUUUCGUCGGAAAUAGUUGAGCAGGUAUUCGGAUUGUUUGGAUUAAUUUAAUUUAUUAACUUUUCCAUCAUGGCUGUUGGCAAAAACAAGGGGCUGUCAAAAGGUGGCAAGAAAGGCUUAAAAAAGAAGAUCGUCGACCCGUUCACACGUAAAGAUUGGUACAAUGUCCGUGCCCCGUGCAUGUUCACAAACCGCGAUGUUGGUAAAACACUCGUCAAUCGUACACAGGGAACAAAAAUUGCAUCCGAAGGUCUGAAACAUCGUGUAUUUGAAGUUUCCCUUGCUGAUUUACAAGAAGAUGAUGGAGCUGAAAGGAGUUUCCGUAAGUUCAAAUUAAUAGCUGAAGAUGUUAAAGGCAGAAAUGUUUUGACUAACUUCCAUGGUAUGGACUUGACAACUGAUAAAUUAAGAUCGAUGGUCAAGAAAUGGCAAACUCUGAUUGAAGCUAAUGUUGAUGUGAAGACUACUGAUGGAUAUUUACUCCGUGUAUUUUGUAUUGGAUUUACAUCUAAAGAUCAAUCAUCCACCAGAAAAACGUGUUAUGCCCAACACACUCAAGUCAGAGCUAUUCGUAAAAAGAUGGUUGAAACCAUAACUGAAGAAAUAGUGAAAUCCGACUUGAAGGAAGUUGUAAACAAACUUAGACCAGAUUCUAUUGCCAAGGAAAUAGAAAAGAAAUGUCAAAGCAUCUAUCCAUUACAUGAUGUUUUUAUUCGCAAGGUUAAGGUUUUGAAGAAACCAAGGAUGGAUAUCGGUAAACUCAUGGAAUUUCAUAGUGAUGAAGGUGUGACCACUGUAGUGGAUGAAGAAACAGGUGUUCAAGUUGACAGGCCUGAAGGUUAUGAACCACCAGUCCAAGAAUCUGUUUAAGACAUGGAUUUUUAUAAAUAAACAAUUGGUUCUAUUU